AUGGGAGGAGUCAAUCUUGAAGUCUUCAGGUUCGGCGUAUACCUCAUGUUCCCCAUCGGAUUCAUGUACUACUUCGGCACGAACCUCGACAGCCGCUUCGCCGUGGAGGGAUUCUGGCCCAAGGCGGAGGAGACGAACAAGGUGCCGCAUUCGAGGGACGAGAUCAAGGCCGAGUAUGAGAAGAUUGUGGCGAGGCAGAGGGUUUUGAUGGAGAGGAGGGCCAUGCAGCAGGCGGCGAGGAGGGACGAUGGAGGCGAGGAGUAA